AUGGCACUAGGUCCGUACACGAACCUGGGCGUCGACCGCCAUGACCGCGUCUACGUAAUCACUAUGCAGAAAGCGCCCGAGAACCGCCUGAACGUUAAGUUCGCACAAGAGAUAAUACGUGCACUACGAGACAUCGAGCAAGAACUUGGCUCAGGCUCAGACGGCUGCGUUAUCACAAGAGGAAACGAUGAGAAGUUCUGGUGCACAGGAUUAGAGUUGGAUGAGUCUGACACGAAUCCACACGCAAACAGUGAUGGUUUCUUUCCGCUCUUGGCGACACUUCUUGACUAUCCUUUCCCCACGAUCGCCCUCCUCACAGGCCACACCUUCGGCGGCGCCUGCCCCUUUGCUCUUGCUCACGACUACCGCAUCAUGAAUUCUAACAGAGGCUUCUUCAGCAUGCCGCCCGUCAACCUCGGCCUGCACUUCCCUGGCAUCGGCUACCUCCCACGCCUCAAGCUUCGACCACAAAUUGCACGCAAGAUGCUGCUCGAGGCACACAAGUGGACGGGUAAAGAGGCGCUGGAGGAUGGGAUUGUGGAUCAGAUCGCCGAGCCUAAGGAAAUGCUGGAUGUUGCGCUCAGAAGAGCGAAGGAAGUGCAGGGGAAGGCGAAGAUGGGUGUAUACAGCUUAUUACGAAAUGAGCUGUGGGGUGAGGCGGCGGAGAAGAUUAGAGGAAUAUGUUAUGUGCAUGGAAGAAGGACUACAGCGCCAGCAAAAGCUAAGAUUUGA